UCGAUACCUGACGAAAUCGAGGGCGCCUUGGGAUGAUCUAUUGUCUCUGCUACACUUAAUUUGUUUGUAUAGCGCUAUGCAUCAACAUGCUUGGCUGUUCAUUGUUAGGACCAUUUAUCAUUAAUGUUCUGCUUACACCGCCGUGCCUGUCUCGGGAUGAUAUGCCAAGGAUUGAUAAAUUUUCACGUGAUGUUCAUGCAUGUUUCUGUAUUAUUUUUCACUGCCUACCAAACUUCCAGUAUGUCUAUUUGCAAUCGUUGUGAGGCUUGCACGAUCUGCUUCAUAUCUGGCUUCUAUUGGCAUAUAUUCUGUGCCGCGGCUCGACACUUUGGCCAUGUAAUUUGACUUCCUUUGCCCGCUUCUAGCCAUUCAUCAGACCAGCUCGUUACAAAAUAAUCGGGAUUUGAGCAUUUGAUGGGUAUAUGAUUCAUUGAUAAGGAUG